CUACUUUGCAGCCGCUUGGGUUUGAGCUUGUGUUUAUUUCCUUGUUUCUUUAGAGGUAAAUAAACAGUUUGGCUUGACUACCAGGGUCAAAGUGGUCGUUGAUGGACCAUCCCUAUGAAGAAACAGGGUUACAAUGGGACAGAGUACCUCGGAACAAGAGGUCCCAGGAGACGUCACCAGCGAGGAAGGGUUUGAUAACAUCAAGAUCCUUGUGGAGGAGGAACUACAGACCAGCAUGAUGGUGGGGAUGGUGAUUGGUGCGGGCAUCGCCAUAGUCCUCAUUGCCAUCCUCAUCUUCUUCAUCUUGCGGAGGAUCCAGCUUCGAAACAUAGAAGCUCAGGAGGCACCAAAAUACCGCUUUCGCAAGAGGGACAAAGUCAUGUUCUACGGGCGGAAGAUCAUGCGCAAAGUCUCGCAGUCUACCUCUUCCCUGGUGGGUACAUCCUCUUCCUCUCGGCAGCGCCUGAAGAAGAAGCAGAAGAUGCUCAACAUUGCCAAAAAGAUCCUGCGCUUUAAGAAGGAGGUGCCCAUCCUGCAGGCCAAGGAGCCCCCUCCCUCAGUGCUGGAGGCCGACCUCACCGAGUUCGAUGUGGCCAACUCCCACCUCCCCUCUGAGGUGCUCUACAUGCUCAAAAACGUCCGUGUGCUGGGUCACUUUGAGAAGCCCCUCUUCCUGGAGCUGUGUAAACACAUGGUGUUUGUUCAGUUCCAACAAGGGGAGUACGUCUUCAGGCCAGGCCAGCCUGACAGCAGCAUCUACGUGGUUCAGGAUGGAAAACUAGAAUUGUGCCUUACUGGAGCGGAUGGUAAAGAAAGUGUGGUGAAGGAGGUUUACCCCGGAGACAGUGUCCACAGCCUCCUCAGCAUCCUGGAUGUCAUCACAGGCCACCAGAAGCCUUACAGAACUGUGUCGGCGCGGGCUGCAGAGGUUUCCACUGUUCUCCGUUUACCUGUAGAGGCCUUCCUCGCUAUAUUUGAGAAGUACCCUGAGAGCCUGGUGCGGGUAGUACAGAUUAUCAUGGUUCGUCUUCAAAGAGUAACAGUCCUAGCCCUGCACAACUAUCUGGGGCUCACCAAUGAGCUCUUCAGCCAUGAAAUGCAGCCCUCGCGUCUGCCCCCGCCGUCUCCUCACCCAACUCGCACCAGUCCCAUCCGGCAUGGUAAGCGCUUUGGCAGCCUGACCGUAACUGAGGAGCAUCGGGAAGCUGCCGUUAAGGGUGAAGCUGCAGGAGGGGAACAAGGGAAGGACGGAGCAACAGUGCCAACUCUUUGCAGGACCAUCUCAAUGCCUGUGGACAUUGCUGGAAUGCAGAAAAGUCUGAGAUCGGACUUUGACAUGGCGUACGAAAGGGGGCGGAUAUCUGUCUCUGCAGAGGAAGGCAACACCCCUCCUACGUUUACUCGGUCUGUGUCCCAAGACCAGCGGGAGAGGAAGGUGAUAGUAGAUGAGGUUCCCUCAGGGAUCUAUCUGUACCCAGAGGAAGAGACUGGAGUGGACAAUAUUUUUACACCUGUGUCCAGUCGAUCCAAUGCUGUUUUGUUUGAGGAAGCUCAGAAAGAGAUCCUUAAACUCAUGAAGAUUGAGGACCCAUCCUUGUUGAAUGGGAAAGUGACUCUGCACCACGCAAAAGCAGGAGCAGUCUUAGCCAGACAGGGAGACCAGGACAUGAGUCUGCACUUUGUCCUGUCUGGUUGUCUGCAUGUCUACCAGCGGAUGAUUGACAAGCAGGAAGCCGUCUGCUUGUUUGUGACUCACCCGGGGGAGAUGGUGGGCCAGCUCGCUGUGCUCACUGGAGAACCCCUCAUCUUCACCAUCAAGGCCAUCCGCGACUGUACUUACCUCAAGAUCUCAAAGUCGGAUUUCUACGAGAUCAUGAGGGAGCAGCCCAGUGUGGUGCUGAGUGCGGCUCACACAGUGGCCAUCCGCAUGUCCCCUUUCGUCAGGCAGAUGGACUUUGCUAUCGACUGGAUGGCCGUGGAGGCCGGCAGAGCCCUCUACAGACAGGACGACCAGUCAGACUGCACGUACAUUGUUCUGAAUGGACGUUUACGUUCAGUCAUCCGCAAGUCUAACGGCAAGAAAGAACUAGUUGGGGAAUACGGCAGAGGAGACCUGAUUGGAGUGGUGGAGGCCUUGACCCGACAGCCAAGAGCCACCACGGUCCACGCUGUGAGAGACACAGAGCUGGUCAAACUGCCCGAGGGAACGCUCAACAACAUCAAGAGACGAUAUCCCCAGGUGGUGACAAGGUUGAUCCACCUGUUAGGCCAGAAGAUUCUGGGGAACCUGCAGCAGGGUCGAGGGCCCUUCUCAGGUUCAGCCCUGAGUCUGCCCAGUAUGACAGCCAGUGCUGAUGUCACUAACCCUGCCAGCAACCUCUCCACUGUGGCUGUGCUGCCUGUCUGUGAUGAUGUGCCGAUCAACGCAUUCAACCUGGAGCUCAGCCAUGCACUCAGUGCCAUUGGCCCCACUCUACUAUUGACCAGUGAAAUAAUCAGAGAGCGACUGGGCGGCUCAGCUUUGGACAGUAUCCAUGAGUACCGUCUCUCCGGCUGGCUGGCCCAGCAGGAGGACAUCAAUCGGAUUGUCCUGUACCAGACCGACAGCAGCAUGACCCCGUGGACUCAGCGCUGCAUCCGCCAGGCUGACUGCAUCCUCAUCGUCGGCCUGGGCGACCAGGAACCUGCCCUGGGAAUGUUGGAGCAGAUGCUGGAGAACACAGCUGUUCGGGCGCUGAAGCAGCUGGUCCUUCUGCACAAAGAGGACGGGCCGGGCCCCUCCAGGACGGUGGAGUGGCUCAACAUGCGAAGCUGGUGCUCCGGUCAUCUGCACCUCAAGUGUCCCCGCAGGGUCUUCUCCAGACGCAGCCCUAGUAAACUAAGGGAGGUAUAUGAGAAGGUGUUUGAGAAAACAGCAGACAGGCACAGUGACUUCUCUCGGCUGGCCCGAGUCCUGACUGGAAACAGCAUCGCCGUGGUGCUGGGAGGAGGCGGAGCCAGAGGCUGCUCUCAUGUUGGUGUGAUCAAAGCUAUGGAGGAAGCGGGGAUUCCUAUUGACAUAGUGGGUGGGACCUCAAUCGGAUCAUUCAUUGGUGCGCUGUACGCUGAGGAGAGAAGCGCCGUCAGAACCAAACAGAGAGCCAGAGAGUGGUCCAAGGCAAUGAACUCGGUAUUCAAAACAGUCCUGGACCUGACCUAUCCCAUCACCUCCAUGUUCUCUGGUUCUGCCUUCAACACCAGCAUCUAUAAAGUGUUCCAGGACAAGCAAGCCGAGGACCUGUGGCUGCCAUACUUCAAUGUCACCACUGACAUCACGGCCUCAGCCAUGCGUGUUCACCAGGAUGGUUGCGUCUGGCGAUAUGUUAGAGCCAGCGCCUCCUACACCCCCUAUUUACCUCCCCUGUGCGACCCCAAGGAUGGCCACUUGCUUGUGGAUGGUUGCUAUGUUAACAAUGUCCCAGGCUCUCUGUGGCGCUAUGUACGGGCGAGCAUGACCCUCUCUGGGUACCUGCCGCCUCUCUGCGACCCCAAAGAUGGAAACUUGCUAAUGGACGGUGGCUACAUCAACAACCUGCCAGCGGACAUUGCAAGAAACAUGGGGGCAAGAACAGUCAUUGCCAUCGACGUGGGUAGCCAAGACGAGACCGACCUCUGUAACUAUGGCGACAGCUUGUCCGGCUGGUGGUUGCUUUGGAAACGGAUCAAUCCCUGGGCAGAGAAAGUAAAGGUACCAGACAUGGCAGAGAUCCAGUCUCGGUUGGCCUACGUGUCUUGUGUGCGGCAGUUAGAGGUGGUGAAGAAGAGUGCCUACUGCGAGUACAUCAGACCGCCCAUCGACCGCUUCAAGACCAUGGACUUCGGCAAGUUUGACGAGAUCUAUGAUGUUGGCUACCAGCACGGAAAGCUGCUGUUCACUGGCUGGGCCCGAGGCGACAUUAUCGAGAACAUGCUGAAAGACCACCGCUCAGCCGACUACAACGACAGCAAGAGAACUGACUCCUGCACAUGUCCAGGAGCUGACUUCACUGACCUUGCAGAGAUUGUCUCCAGGAUAGAGCCAGUCCAAAGCUACGUAGCUGCAGAAGCAGAAGAGUCAGACUGUCUGACAGAGUAUGAGGAAGACGGGAUGGACACGGUGAGAGAGGAGGACGGGGAGGAAGAAGAGGAAGAGGACCCUGAGGACAACUCCCCUGGAGAGUGGGGCCAGAAUGGAGUCUUUCAGACUGAUGAGGAGAAGUCAGUGAGACAACGCAGGAAACUCGCCAGCGACUCCAACACCUCCGAAGUCUCUGACUGCUGACAGAGGGCCAUGGAGGACUAGAGGGAGACGAAAACAAGACCGAGGGCCAAGUUACGGGUCCAUAAACUGUCAAGGCUAGAGACUUGGACGCCACGCUCAGCCUCUGCGACUUCUGAAACUCUGAGAUGCCGUUUUUGUUUUUCUGCAGGAAAUCGUCCCUGCUCUAACUUGUUGAAACUUCGUUGCAUCGAGUGGCUUCUUCCUCACUCUCACACUGUUCGCACUCUGACCCCACCAUCAAAAAGGAAUAUGUACGGCCUUGAAUAAGAACGCUCUUCCCCACCAAGCGGUUUCUCUUAUCUCAUUCACACCAAACUGACCCGUUGCCAGAAUCCCUGCCUGCCAACACCCAAACCUGCCAAAACCAGGGACUAAAACAGUAACCAACACAACAAAACAGGGACACUUAAAGCUUCCAAUUCAAUCCCCCGUUUCUCAGUUUCAAACGGCCAUAAAGACCCCCAUCUGUGUCUCCGAGUCUUUACGGGUGUCUCUAAUGUCGGUACAUCUUCAUUGCACUCCAUCAUUGACGAUUUAACGUAUCACACGGUCCUUUAAUUUCUUGUGUGCGCUUUUUCGGAUGAGUUUGUAUAUUUUGCCCGUGUGUUAGGAUGACGGUUGGCUGUAAUUUUGUGGAAAUAAUAUAAGGACACUGAAAAGAAAAGUAAGCUAUACAUACAAUAGAGAUGUAGUUAGGAAGAGUUUUGUAAAUUUAGCGUUAGAUGUCAAGGAGAGGGGAGGGGAGGGGAAGCUGUAGGUUGAGUAUAUGUUCAUGUUGACAUCCAAGUGGACUUUAUGUUGAAUGAACAGAGCAGAACGUAGAUGGAUUCAAAUUAGGAGAGGUUGAAAGAAUAAGACGGGUUUAUGAAUUUAGAGAGUUUUGAAAUACAUCAAUGAGAUAAAAGUGUGUGGACCGAUGAAAAGAGAUGGACCAGUGAGUUAAGUGUUAUUUUAAUUUAAUUUAUUUAAGAAUCACCCAGAAUAGAGUAGAGGGAACUUGAUGCACCGUUGGUAGAUUAAACUGAACAGAGGAUGCAGUGAGGAUGAAUGAGAUGAUUUGUGUGAGUGGAUGAUUUUGUGUCUGCCUGUUUGGAAUUAAGUGUUUUUAGCUGUCAUGUUUGAAAUGAAGCCAGAUAAAGACGAUGCCUUUUCUACCUGUGUUUUGAUCCGCUCACAGUAGUCAGUGACUGUGAAGAGAGCGAUCAUUUGACUGACACUACACACAUUACUCUGCUUGCACGAAGUCACAAAUGCAGUACUCAAGGUUCCUGCGUGUAGUGGACAUCAAGGUGUGUGUGUGACGGUGUAUCUGGGACCGGACAGUGAUGAAAACCUACAUUUAGCUAACACAUUAUUGUUGGAUAAUACGCAGAAACCCUGAGAACUCCUUAACUUCAAAUGGGCAGAAAUUCACCUCAUGUAACUAUUAACACUUGAUUAACAUGGACCUCCCGUAGAUUGUAACAAGAGUAUAUGAUAAUAUUCACAAUGCGGAUAUUCAUAUAUGUAUAUGAGGUGGAAAUGUGUAAGUUGAUGCUUUGCUGCAAAACAAGGGAACCUACACCUAAACAUAGAAAUGUUUUUUUCCUCUUAAAAUGCAUUCAGUUUUAUUCAUGUGUGUGUUAACUAAUGGCUAUUUAUGAAUGAUUUUCUUUUUUUAAUUUGGGGGUUGGGGGAUGUUUUAUUUUAAUUAACUUGGCUUUAGCUGUUUUGCACUGAAAUAUUUGAAUUAUUCCUUGCCCAGAAGAUGUUUGGUUUAAUUUCAGCCAACCUUGAGAUGCCAAGGGAAUCUAAAGAAUAAAAACAGAGAUGAUAAUUUAAUAUGCAUAUUGAAAAAUAAAAGAAUA